AUGAUGAAGGACAAUGUAACACUGGUGACAGAGUUUGUUCUCACAGGUCUCACAGAUAGCCCAGAAUUUCAGCUCCUCUUGUUCUUCAUAUUCUUAGUGAUCUACCUCAUCACCAUGAUGGGCAACAUUGGGCUGGUUGUCCUUGUUUGGAUGGACUCUCACCUUCACACACCCAUGUACAUAUUCCUCAGCAGUUUAGCUUUUGCAGAUGCCUGGGCUUCCUCUUCAGUGACCCCCAAGAUGCUGAUAAACUUAUUGUCCAAAAAUAAAUCUAUAUCCCUUUUGGAAUGCAUGGCCCAGUUUUACUUUUUUGGUGUCAGUGCCACUGCAGAGUGUUUCCUGUUGGCAGUGAUGGCAUAUGACCGAUAUGCAGCCAUAUGUUAUCCUCUCCUUUAUCCAGUGAGGAUGUCCAACAGCCUAUGCAGGCAGCUGGUGAUCACUUCCUUUACACUUGGCUUUCUUCAUCUCAUGAUUCACGUGGGUUUAUUAUUUAGACUAACCUUCUGUAGAUCCAAUAUAAUACAUCAUUUCUAUUGUGAAAUUUUACCAUUGUUUAGGAUUUCCUGUACUGAUCCAUCUCUAAAUUCACUUGUGCUUUUCAUUUUUUCUGUCUUUAUACAAUCCUUCACUCUUGCAACAAUCUUGGUCUCAUACACAUAUGUGCUCUUUGCCAUCCUGAGAAUUAAGUCUGAACAGGGCAGGAGCAAAGCCUUCUCUACCUGUAGUGCCCAUCUGUUCUCUGUCUCUUUAUUCUAUGGCACACUUUUAAUUAUGUAUGUGUUUCCUGGGUCUGGUGUUGCCAGCAAUCAGGACAUAAUGUAUUCUUUGUUUUAUACAGUCAUAAUUCCUUUAUUAAACCCAUUUAUCUACAGCCUGAGAAACAAAGAAGUUCUUGGUGCCCUGAGAAAAAUGAUAAAAAAAGAAAGAUCCCUCAAGUGA